AUGAAGAAGGCGUACAAGAAAGAACUAAACAGCAAGCCGCUGCUCGAAGAAGAUGAUUCUGUUUGUUCUGUUCUUGGGAGGCCGAAGAAGAUUGUUGGAUUUUCUGAAGUGCUUAUCGGGAUAAAAGACGAGCUUAGAGUUACGCGGCCGUGGCAUAAAAGUAGAAAAGUGGUCACGAUUGUUGGCAUGGCUGGAAUAGGGAAGACGGCAGUUGCUAAAGAACUUUAUGAAGAUGUAUCGGGCGAAUAUGAUUGCUGUGCGUGGGUCAAUAUAGGCCCGAAAUACGUAUACAGAGAAGUUAUGCUAUCUCUUCUUGCUCAGAUCAAUCCCGGUGGUCAUGAUAAAAUGCUUCCGAAGAGCUCCUAUAGCAGCUACUACUUCAACGAACCUGUCAGGAUAAAGACUUGCGCCCUCCACUCUGCCUUCUGGCAUAUAAGCACGCGAGAAGCCGAGAAGGCCAAGUUUCUGCAUAUCUUGAGUAGUUAUGGUGAUGGUUUUGGGGAAGGUAUAAAAGGUCAGCGCCGGUUGUCCGUUGGGAAAAACGUUUUAUUCGGCAUCAAAGAUGUGCGCAACUCGAUUGAGUCCGUUUCAACAAUGCAUUCUCUCCUUUGCGUGGGGCCGCCUCAUAUGUAUCCGGUGCCGCUAUUUUUCGGCCGUUUGAGGCUGCUAAGGGUGGUAGAUGCUCUUACUGUUCGUUUUUACUGUUUUCCGAUGGAAGUAUCGAAGCUAGUCCACCUUAGGUACCUUGCACUCAAUUGUGACCAGGAAAUCCCAGCUGGCACCAUGUCCAAACUCCGCAACCUUGAGUCCUUGAUCGUCGGCCGUUCUCUAUGCAUUAAAAAAUCAGUUGGAAUCGACCCUUUACUGCCUGUGGAGAUAUGGGACAUGAAAGAACUGAAGCAUCUUCAGGUCACGGGAUUCGACCUGCCCGCUCCACCAUGCGACGAGUCUCUCUUACCUAACCUCCUAACACUUUCAAACGUUAGCAUUCGCAGUUGUACUGAGAGGAUUCUUGAAAGAAUCCCGAAACUCAAGAAAUUGGGAAUUCAGAUUGAAUGGGAGCCUCAUGCUACUACCGUGGGCUCGUGCUGCUUUCGAUUCGAAAUGUCCCAUCUCCACAAGGUGGAAUCGCUAAAAUGUGUCGUCGUGAAUCCUAACCUCGGAUGUCAACUUAAUCUCGGAUGUCUACCUGCGGCUCGCCCUUUAUUCGAUUGUUACAGAUCAUUCUCGUCACAUAUCCAAAAGUUGAGCUUAACGGGUCUUGGGUUCCCCUGGCGAGAAAUGAGCCAGAUUGGUAGAAUGGACAACUUAAAAGUGCUCAAACUGCGAUGCUUCGCCUUUCGUGGUCUCAAGUGGGAGACGGGACGCGAUGCAUUCCCGAUGCUUAAUUUCCUUCUCAUUGAAGAUUGUGAUCUGGUGGAGUGGAAGGUUGGUCACAACAGCUUCAGAUACCUGCGUCGUCUGAUAAUAAAGCACUGCUACAAAUUGUGGGAGUUCCCAGGGGAACUGUUUCGUGUGUUGCUUCAUAGCAUUGAAGUCGUUGACUGCAACUCUUUGUUAGUGGCAUCAGUAAUGGGAUUACAUAAGGGAAAGGAAGAGUUUUUUCAACUUCACAUUUCCUCUUCUUGGAAUAAAAAGGGUCCAAGUGUUCCGUAA